AAAACGAGAAUUCUUUACCCAGCGCUCAGCUAUUACUUUGUUUAGGUUUCUGCAUUCAUCAUCCGAACACAGAAACAAAAAUCAAUUUUGUGCCAACGCCAUGGAUUCUUAUCGCGAUGAGGAAGGAGAGGCGAUUAUGGACUUCGAAGACUUUCAAUCAGACCCCGGAUCGCCGGAGCUGCGGCAAGAUCAUCUAGAUGACUUAGAGGAUGACAUGGAAGAUUGGGGUCAGCGUGAACGAUCGCAGACGCCGGCUUAUGAUACCGAUAAGGUUGGGAAGCCGAGAAAAAGACUGGUCAAGAAAGGAGGUUCUGCGGGAAAAGAGAGUAUGGAUGCCCCCGAGUUGCUAGAUGAAGACGACGAGUCCAAUUUUCAGAGGGAAGGAUCGGAGUCGGAUGCAAAAAAGAGGAAGAAGGAGAAGAGGCACAAGGAGAGAAAUUACGGGGGUGGUAGUGAAAAAGGAACUGUUAAAAAGUUGGUAAAGUCUGCGGAAGUUAAUGAGAUGUGGGAAUGGGUUAAUCCUGAGAAUGAUCAAGAGGGUCUUAGGACUAUGGAUGAUGAUGACUUCAUAGAUGACAGUGGCGUAGAUCCUGUAGACAGAUAUGGGAGUGACAAUGAAGCAAGGUCACCCGGUGCUGCCCCUCAGGCAGAGGAAGAUGAUGAGGAUCCGGAGAUUAAGGAUUUAUUUAAGAUGGGUAAAAAAAGGAAGAAGAAUGAGAAAAGUCCUGCAGAAAUUGCACUGCUAGUUGAAAGUGUUAUGGCUGAGCUUGAGGUAACUGCUGAGGAAGAUGCAGAGCUUAACAGACAAGGAAAGCCUGCAAUUAAUAAACUCAAGAAGCUGCCACUUCUUACUGAGGUUCUCUCAAAGAAGCAGCUCCAGCCAGAAUUCUUAGAUCAUGGAGUUUUAACCUUGUUGAAAAAUUGGCUUGAACCUCUUCCUGAUGGAAGCUUACCAAAUAUAAAUAUCCGUGCAGCUAUUUUGCAGAUUUUGACUGAUUUUCCAAUUGAUCUAGAGCAGCAUGAUAGAAGGGAGCAGCUAAAGAGAAGUGGUCUCGGAAAGGUCAUUAUGUUUUUAUCAAAAUCCGAUGAGGAAACCACAUCUAACAGGAAACUUGCCAAGGAGUUGGUUGAUAAAUGGAGUAGACCAAUCUUCAAUAAGAGUACAAGGUUUGAGGAUAUGAGAAAUGUUAAUGAUGAUAGGCUUCCCAUGCGGAGGCCAACUGUCAAAAGGCCUGCAAAUAGAGCUGCAUCAAUGGAAUCUAGAGAUGGUGAUUUUGAUUUGGAUAUUUCUCGUGACCAAAAGUCUAGGCGAUUGAUGUCAGCUCAAGAUGCUUCAAGGUCAGAACCCUCUUCAAGGCUGCAUGCGUCAAGGCCUGAUGCAACACCAUUGGAUUUUGUAGUGCGUCCCCAGUCUAAGAUUGAUCCAGAUGAAAUUAGAGCCCGUGCGAAACAAGUUGUGCAAGAUCAGCGGCGUUUGAAGAUGAAUAAGAAGUUACAGCAGUUGAAAGCUCCUAAAAAGAAGCAGUUGCAGGCGACUAAACUUAGUGUUGAAGGUCGUGGUAUGAUGAAGUACCUUUAAAAGAUACCCCAGUCACCAGAUUUGCAAUGGUGUGAGCCGAACCACUAUCAAUAUGCUCUGCUAUCAGAGACAUUGUGGCAGCAAAAAUCAAUAUAAGCUCUUGCGCUGAAGGUUUACUUUUAAGUGUUCUGUUUUACUUUCUAUGAGGGCAGUGGGGGCAGCUGGGUUCCCUUUUAUGUCCUUUAAGUCUUUUAUUUUGUCUUGGAAAAAGCCUUUCAGUUCAAAUAAAUUUGUUAAUGUUAUGUCUCUGAAUGCUCAUUUCAUUUAAACCUAUAACAGUGACCAUUUCAAUCGUAA